CCACUCCAGGCCCAGUAGCUCAGUUGAUGGGCCUGAAUCCCAGUAUCGGACUGGUUGGUCAGUGGAUGCCAUUGCCAGCAGAUCCUCCUCCUGACUGCCCUCCUGGACUGGAGUACCUCUCAGUGGUUGAUCAGAUCCUAAUACAUAAAGUACCUGAUAGAACACAAGGAAAUAGUACAAGAAAUUGCUAUGAACUGAGAAACGGCCUGGGCCAAAGGAUUUACUAUGCGCUGGAGGAGCCCAGCUGUGGUGCUGGAGACCUGUGCAGAGAUACACGUGGUUUCACGCUACGCAUUCAGGACAGCAAGCAGUGCAACGUCAUGCAGAUUUUUCGACCUUGCAGAUCUCAGACUCGUUGGUGCCCUGGCUGCUUGGAAACAAUGGUGAUCCGGGUGCCAGAGGGGGUUCUGAUUGGCUGCGUGUCUCAGAUGUGGCACCCGUUUGAGCCCAAGUUCUGUGUCGAUGUUAGCGGUGAAACCGUGCUCAACAUCAGUGGACCCUGUAGGCUUGUCAGCUGCUUCAGUGAUGACCACUUUCGAGUGAGUAUGAGAACAGACUUACAGUAG